CGGACUAGUGAUCACGGCAGCUCUAUUGGUACACUUCUUUUCGGAUAUAUUGCGAAUUUCCUUUGGCGGCUAUUAUACACAUGCCACACUCUCACAGCUUGUGGAAUCCCAAUCCACCAAAGAAUAUUCUUGGUUGUUGAAACUUUUAGCCAAUUGUUUUGGUUAUAGUUGUGUCUUUGUACCUGGCUAUCUUAUUUACAAAUAUGUUAAACGCACAAAUUAUCUGGAAAAGAAUGACAAAACAUGCAUUUAUACUGCGGUCAGUAUGUGCAUUACUGGCAGUCCCGGCACUGAACUUGACUAUUCUGAGCCGUUGGAACGCAAACCCAUGGAACCGUUGACACCGCCUAAUGGCUUGCAGAAACACACAAAAUCCCAAGAAACAUUACUACUUUUCUGGUGCUUUGGUGGACUAAUGGUUUCAUACCUCACUUGGGGUGUACUACAGGAGAAAAUUAUGACGCAGCAAUAUUUCAAUUACAAUGGUCAACCGUCGCAUUUUAAGGACUCACAAUUCCUUGUCUUCUGUAAUCGUCUUUCAGCUUUUAUCUGUGCAAUAGUGACGCUACGCCUCAAACGUCCAGCCGGCCGUCAUUGUACACCAUUAUACAUGUACUCCUUUGCAUCUUUCUCGAAUAUAAUGAGUGCAUGGUUCCAGUAUGAAGCACUCAAAUUUGUCAGCUUCCCUACGCAGGUGCUAGCAAAGGCAUGCAAAAUUAUACCUGUCAUGUUGAUGGGUAAAAUUAUAUCGAAAAACAAAUAUGAUUGGUAUGAGUAUGUAUCCGCUGUACUAAUAUCAUUAGGCAUGAUAUUCUUUAUGACCGGUUCAGCGAACAGCACCAAUGCUAGUAGUGUGACAACAUUCACUGGCAUCUUUUUGCUUACAAUGUACUUAACGUGCGACAGCUUUACAGCGAAUUGGCAAGAUGAUUUAUUUAAGAACUAUGAAAUGUCGUCAUUGCAAAUGAUGGCUGGUGUCAAUCUGUUUUCCACCAUCUUUACAGCAACCUCAUUGUGGGUACAAGGCGGUUUUAUAGAUUCGCUUACAUUUGCGAGCGAGCAUCCUAAAUUCAUACUUGAUGCCAUUACCAUUUCCAUGUGUUCCGCUGUGGGUCAAUUAUUCAUUUUCUAUACAAUAUCGGUGUUUGGUGCAGUUGUAUUUACCAUCAUCAUGACUUUANUUUCCAUGUGUUCCGCUGUGGGUCAAUUAUUCAUUUUCUAUACAAUAUCGGUGUUUGGUGCAGUUGUAUUUACCAUCAUCAUGACUUUACGACAG